AUUAAAAUAUGGGGCCUCAAUUUAAUUUUACCAUUUUCCUAAUCUACUUCCUUGUUUGUAAAACCCAAACCCCUCAUUUCAGCUUUUUAUUCAUCUCUCCUCCAUUCUUUAGAGAGAAAAAACUGGGCAAGAUGGGCGCUCACUAGCAGACGGAAAUUUGGAGGGGAGGUUUUUGGGGUAUUGCGAAUUGAAGAAACAAGGAACAAAACCCUAGGCGAAGGCGAAUCCCAUUUUGUCAGCAAUAUUCCAUCUCCGGUAUGUAUGCUCAAAUGCUACCUCUUCCAAUUCCCACCCACACUUCCCACAAUCCAACCUUCUCACCAAAAUCAAGAUUUGGGCUCUGCAAUUCUCCGAAAAGGGUUUCUGAAACAAAAACCAGUUUGGGAAAUGGCGCUCGUUUGGCUGCGAUCAGGUGCAGUGAAAUGCAAGCAGAUAAAUUUGACCAUGUGUAUUAUAUGAGGCGCUGCGUUGAGCUCGCGAGGAAGGCGAUUGGCUGCACCAGUCCUAAUCCUAUGGUUGGUUGUGUGAUUGUCAAGGAUGGCAAGAUUGUUGGAGAAGGCUUCCACCCUAAAGCUGGGCAGCCUCAUGCUGAGGUUUUUGCAUUGAGAGACGCAGGUGAUUUGGCCGAGAAUGCAACAGCAUAUGUUAGUUUAGAACCAUGCAAUCAUUAUGGAAGAACUCCACCUUGCUCUGAAGCAUUGAUCAAAGCUCGAGUGAAAAAUGUAGUGGUCGGUAUGGUGGAUCCUAAUCCCAUUGUUGCUUCAACAGGGGUGAAAAAACUGCAAGACGCAGGAAUUGAAGUGACUGUUGGAGUCGAGGAAGAACUCUGCAAAAGGCUUAACGAGGCCUAUAUCCAUUAUAUGCUUACAAGAAAGCCAUAUGUUACUCUGAGGUAUUCCAUGUCGCUUGAUGGCCAUUUACUGGAUCAGCUCGGUGAAGAAGCUGUGGAGUGUGGCGGAUACUAUUCAAAACUGCUGCAAGAAUACGAUGCUAUCAUAGUUCCUUCUGCUGCAUUGGCCGAUAAGUCGUCUAUUCCCAUUUCUAAAGAACCCGGAGCCAAUCAGCCUCUUAAAAUCGUGCUGUCUUGGAAUCCCAUGACCGAGAUUCCUGCUCUCGAAGAUGAUGGAGCUUCCAAACUGUUGAUAGUCACUGAUAAAGACACGGGCGACAAGCAAGAGACUGCGCAAGGUGUCCAAACACUAUAUCUGGAAAAGAUAAGUCUACUCGAAAUUCUUGAACACUGCAAGAAUCAAGGACUCUGCAGUGUCUUGCUGGAUCUGACGGGUAACGUUGUUGAUUUUGAGGAUAUACUUGAAGAGGGCUUCGAACAAAACUUGUUCCAGAAAUUGGUGGUCGAGGUGCUGCCAUUUUUGGGAGGCGAUCAUGAGAGAUAUCUGAGUAAUGUGGACCUAAAAGGAAAGGUGAAGAAAUUGACAUCAUCUAUCCAUGGCAAAAGUGUUCUACUUGAAGGAUAUUUCUGAUCCAGUUAUCCGCAUACACUGCAAAUUCUUCUCAGCGUCACGUCGGCUGUGGUGGUGCUGCGUGGCAAGCCUCCGUCACGGCCACUUGUCCGACUGGAUUCGGCAUAGUCCGCAUCGUCGACGACCUCAACUCCCGCCCCCUCACAUCCUCCAAGGGCUUGUCGCCAAAUCCGGCCUAACACAAUACUUUUUUAUACCAUAGAUAUAGUGCUUAAAUUUUAGAUAGUAUGUAGUAGUCAAUCUCAUUUGAUGAUCUUGUUGAUCUAGUAAUUGAGAUUUUUCGCAUUUUUUUCAAUUUUAAACAAGUUUGUAAUGGUAAGAAGAGUAUAAAGUAGGGUGAGUAUUUAGAUCUUUGCUUAA